GAUAAAUUUGAAAUCUUAAACCUGGAUAUGAAGACUGGGGACACCCUGAAGGUCAAGGGCAAAAUACCCGAUAAUGCUUACAGGUUCAGCAUCAAUCUUGGCAGCAGCUUCGCGAACCUGGCACUUCACUUCAAUCCUCGCUUCGAUGAGUCUGUCAUCGUCUGCAACUCCAGGUGCUCCGAUGCCUGGCAGGAGGAGUAUCGUGAUCACCACUUCUGUUUCUCCAAGGGCUCCACUGUCAAGUUCAUCAUUGAGAUGAUGGCAGAGAAAUUCCGGGUGACCCUACCGGAUGGGCAUGAAGUGCAUUUCCCCAACCGGCACAACUACCACAACAUCGGCUACAUGAACGUCAUCGGAGACUUCAGGGUCACCUCCUUCAAGCUGGACUGA